AUGCUCUCUCUGGCCCUGAGGUCUGGUCCCCAAAUCGUGGAACCCAGCUUGUUUGCUGACGACACUUCGAUCUUCCUGUCGGAUCCCAACCACAUCCAUGCCCUGUUUGAAGUCUACGCAACAGUUGGCAGGGCUACCAACCUCAAGAUCAACGAGGCCAAAACCUCCGUCCUGCGUCUCGGCCCCCUUCGGGAUGCCGAUCCGCCGGACGGCUUGGCUCAUCUCCAAUGGGUACCUCCUGACGGCACCACUCGAGUCCUUGGCGUGCAACUCGGCUACGGCGAUCUUGCCAAAGCCAACUUCGAGCCCCUGCAAGCCAAGGUCGCGCGUGCGCUGGGUCGUUGGUCGCGCCACAGUCUCUCGAUCGCUGGCAGGGUCCUGAUUGCCAACGCGAUCGGACUCUCCCGCGUCUGGUACCACUGUCGCUUCAUCCACAUGCCCAACAAGUACUCCAAGGCGCUGUCCGACACUGUCAACAAGUAUCUCUGGAAAGGCCGAUUCUCCCCGGUCGCCAGGAAGGUUGUGACCGCUCCUCCCAAAACGAUCAUGUUUGGGCUUGGACUCAUCGAUCUCCCCACCAACAUUGCAGCGACGGCUGCCCAAGCGCUAAUCAACUUCCUGUCGCCUGUCCCCAGCUUCUGGAAGUUGGUUGUCAACCACCUCGCCGAAGUGGCUGACAGACCAGCUCGGCUCUCCGACUAUCCUGUCGCCGAGUACACGGCCAUGCAGCGGCUAGUCGCCAAAUUCCCAUUCAGACUUUCGCUCUCGGUGUUCUGGCACCAUGCCUUCAGGGCGUGGCGCAGGCUGCUCCCUUUCUCUGAGCCUCCUCGCUCGAAGAAUGAACUGCUCGCCACUCCCCUCUGGCGCAACCCCAUGCUUGACAUGAUCGACUUCAGGAUGCUACGGAAACACGGCAUCUCGUACCUCCAUCAUCUCCACUCUGGUAAGAAAUGGCAGUCGGCCCGCGAUCUCCGCGAGUUCUGCGACUCCCGUCUGCCACAGGUCGAAGCCAGACUCCAAGUGAUCCGCUCCAAAGUCUCGCACAUCGACCCGUCCAAACUGCGGAUCGCCCCUGUGCGCUUCCGCGAGAACGAUUGGGUUGUUGACUCGUGGGGCUUCCUCCGCAGAAUCUUGGAAACUCCGGCCGCCGACGCCUUGUCUGUGCGCGUGAAGCCCUACGUGUUCCGCCUUCACGGUCAGGUUGUGGUGCCCAAGCACAUCCUCUCAGCCAGGCUCCCGCUUGCUGAACUCACCCCAGCAGUGGUCUCGGAUUGGACCUCUCCGUCUGCCAAGCCCCACACCAAGAAAAGCGACCUGCUGAUGCAGCUCGCUGAAGCCUAUCCUCCACCAAAACGCCCUGAGGUCGAAGGAUUCUUCUUUGGCUCUCUUAUGCGUCUCGACGUUGACCCAUCCCGGCUGCAGCUGCGUGGCGCUCCCGAGAACAUGUAUCGCUCGCUCUGCAUCGACAAAGACCUAGACGACCUUCGCCGCACCGCAAAUCGCUCCAGGAGGACGAUGCUCGAAAGCCGCCAUCCCUCUGAAAUUGAGAAUGCCCGCUACUGGCUGGCACUCUACCCCAAACACAUCGAGGAGUGCAAAAAGCGCGUGCACAUCGUGCGAUGCACCUCAUCUGACGCAUCGCUGCGCAAUCUUCGCCACAUGCUCACGCCCGCCCCGGUCAAACCAACUGCCCUGGUCGAGUGGGAGCAAAUCCUAGGACCCGUGCACUGGUCCAAACUGCGCCGCAACAUGAUGACCAAUCUUGUCCCGCGCAACCGUGCCGGCCUCAUCUGGCGCAUCGCUCACAACACCGAGUACCUGGUGGCGCGUUCGCCUGCGUCCACUGCUUCCGACUUCAUGGCACCCGUGCCCCUCUCGAAAACUGGCUGCACAUGA